CUGCUGCGCAUGCGCGAACUGCGCUCCUUCUCCUCAGCCUCCAUAUCUUCCUUCUCAUCCUUUUCUUGGUCUUUUUCCCGUUCCCGCUCCUCUGCCACCGCGGCCAUGGGGAAGCUGAACGUGGUGAUGCUGCGGUACCUGUCCCGGGAGCAGUUCAGGGUGCUGACCGCGGUAGAAAUGGGCAUGAAGAACCAUGAAAUAGUUCCUGCUAGCUUAAUUGCUUCCAUUGCCAGCCUUAAACAUGGUGGCUGUAAUAAAAUUUUGAGAGAACUGGCGAAGCACAAACUUCUGGCUUACGAACGAACAAAAACUGUCCAGGGUUAUCGGUUAACUAAUGCAGGAUAUGAUUACCUGGCUCUGAAAACUCUCUCUUCCCGACAAGUCAUCAGUUCUGUGGGAAACCAGAUGGGUGUUGGCAAAGAAUCAGAUAUUUAUAUUGUUGCCAAUGAAGAGGAGCAACAGUUUGCACUGAAAUUGCACAGGCUGGGGAGAACCUCCUUCCGUAACCUGAAAAACAAACGUGACUACCACAAGCACAGGCACAAGAUGUCCUGGCUGUACUUGUCCCGGAUAGCAGCAAUGAAGGAGUUUGCCUACAUGAAGGCUUUGCAUGACCGAGAAUUUCCUGUUCCAAAGCCCAUAGACUACAACAGGCAUGCAGUUGUUAUGGAGCUUGUUGAUGGAUAUCCUUUGUGCCAGGUGCACCAAAUAGAAGAUCCUGCUGCUCUCUACAGUGAAUUAAUGGACCUGAUUGUAAAACUUGCCAAUCACGGUCUGAUCCAUGGGGAUUUCAAUGAGUUUAAUCUCAUCUUGGAUAAUAACGACCAUGCUACUCUGAUUGAUUUCCCUCAGAUGAUGUCGACAUCACAUCCAAAUGCUGAAUGGUAUUUUAACAGAGAUGUUAACUGUAUUAAAGAGUUCUUCAAGAAACGCUUCAACUAUGAGAGUGAGCUCUUCCCAACCUUCAAAGACAUCAGGAGAGAGUGUUCUCUUGAUAAAGAGAUCGCUGCCAGUGGCUAUGCAAAGGAGAUGCAGGAAGAUGAUGAACUGCUUUACCCCGCGGGUUCUGACGAGGAUGACAAUACAGAGGAUGCUGAGAGGGAGCUCAACUUCUUCAGCAAAAAUGAAGAAAACAGUGAAGACUUCACGUGUGAAGUGGAUGAUUUCUCUGGAAGCAGAGCCUCUGAUGCCACGAGCAGCAGUGAGGAAGAGGCUGAUGCAGCUGAAAGCAGUGAAAAUACACAAGGACUGAAUAUGGCAGAAUUGAGUUCAGUCUUGGAAAAAGCUGUAGGGCCAACUGUGCCUUGGAAGUCCAUUGAAGAUGCAGAGAGUUCUGCAAUUACUUCUUUUAAGGGCAAAAGAUUAACUGAAAAUGCUGCUGAACUAGAAGGUCAGGCAGGUCAAGGAGAGUGUUGUGAGGGUAAGGAGAAUGAAGAUGAAUGCCCUGAGCUGGUCAACUCAUCAGCUUUAAACGAGGAAUUCAGUCAUUACAGUAAUGAAGAGUGUAUUGUUCCCAUUGCUGGGCACAGAACAAGGACUAAGAGCAUCACAUCAGUCAGAAGUGGUGGGAGCUGUUCAACCAUUCCUCCGGAGCUGGUGAAACAGAAGAUCAAGCGUCAGCUGACCAAGCAGCAAAAGUCUGCUCUGAGACAACGGUUGCAAAAAGGAGAGGCAAAUAUUUACACCAAACAACGUCGAGAAAAUAUGCACAACAUUAAGUCAAGCUUGGAUGCAGCCAGUUUCUGGGGAUAAUUUAUUAAAGCUCCCAUGGAACAUGAGGAAUGUAUACAGCUGAAAGGAUCAUGCUAAUUUACCAAUAAUCCUUUUAUGUAAAGGAGCAAUCUCUGCUAUGCAAACCAGAUGUUUUUCUGGGAGUUAAUAAAUCUCAUUCCUGUGGC